AUGGCUGGUGUUAGGAAUUUAAGAAUAGUUGGAUUAACCAUAUUGGUAUUAGUAUUAAUAUUCAUAUUACAUAGAACAGGAUCAAAUGCAGCUUCAUUAGUUCAUGCACAAUUGUCUGAUCAAGUACCAAAUAAACAUCAUGCAAUAUCAAAUAAUGGACCACCAAUUUCAAAUGAUGCUAAAAAGAAUAAAGUAGAUGUUUCAAAUAAUUUAGUAGAUUCCAAAAAUGAUGAAAAAACAGAUGAAGCAAUUAAUCAAGAAAUAUCGAAAGAUAAAAGUGAAGAAGGUAUUAAAAAACCAUCAACUGAAAAAGAAACCACUACUAAUGAAGAAUAUGAUCCACAAAAUGAUUUAAUUAAAAUAAGAUCAUUAUCACCAAUGACAAUUUUCUCAAAAAGUUAUUGUCCAUUUUCUAAGAAAUUAAAGCAAUUAUUUGAAAAAUAUGAAAUAAUACCCCAACCAAAUAUUGUUGAAUUAGAUUUACAUGAACAUGGAGCAGAAUUACAAACUUAUUUACUAGAGAAGAGUGGUAGAAAAACAGUUCCUAAUGUUUUAGUUGGUUCAUCAUUUGAAAGUAGAGGUGGAUGUGAUGAUUUUGAAGCGUAUCAUAAGAAUAAUGAAAUUAUACAGGUUUUAACAGAUUGGGGUCAAGGUAGAUUAUCAGUAAGUAAAAAAGAUACUCCAUCAAAUGCUUAA